UCCUCGAAUCGGAAGCCAACUUCCGCUUCGUCAUAGUCAAAAAGGGACGGAAGUCAUUUGCACUGUGGAUAUACAGGGUAUGUAAAUGUCCGAGGAUAAGGAAGCCCAGGAGAAUGAGCUGCUCGCUUUGGCCAGCAUCUACGAUGAAGAUGAGUUCCGACGCGCGGACACUGCUCAGGGAGGAGAGAUGCAACUGUGUCUUGAGCUCCCUCCUGAUUUUAAGCUGCUUGUGAAAGGCGAGAAGACGGCUGAAUAUAAUGUCUGCUUUUUACCCCCUCUGGUGCUUAAUUUUGAGCUUCCUGGAGACUAUCCAUCUACAUCCCCACCUAUGUUUUCGCUCAGCUCCAAAUGGAUGACCAAAGAACAGCUGAGCUCUCUCUGUCAGCGUCUGGAUGAGUUGUGGGAAGAAAACCAGGGUUUUGAGAUCCUCUUCACUUGGAUCCAGUUCCUCAAAGAGGAGACUUUGGGCUUUCUAAGCAUCCAGUCUCCUCUUGAAGUCAACAGGAGCAUCAGUAAAGGUGCCGGUGAACGAAGGAAAACAGAUCCUCUGGUCAGAGCUGGGACACAGUGCGGCAACCAGUCUGAAAAAUCAGAGAAGAAGCCGGAGGUGAACAAAGAGUUCUCUGAACAACACUUCUCAGCAUCGUCUCCGUUGGACCCGCGCGCCGUGGUUUUGAUGGACCCCAACUCUGACCCCCUACCUCAGCUCCUGGACUUUGAUGAGGUGCAGCGCCAAAAGGCGUUUGACAGCAAGGUGUUCUGCUGUGGGAUCUGUUUCUCAGAUAAGCUGGGCUGUAACUGUCUCUGCUUCAAGGGGUGCCAACAUGUUUACUGCAACACGUGCAUGAAGGAGUACUUUCAGAUACAAAUACGGGACGGCAAUGUCCAGUGCCUUAACUGCCCUGAGCCCAAAUGUACCUCAUUAGCUACUCCAUCACAGGUAAAACAGCUUGUAGAUGACGAGCUGUUUGCGCGCUAUGACCGUCUGCUCCUGCAGUCGAGUUUGGACCUUAUGGCUGACGUGGUGUACUGUCCCCGUCAAUCCUGUGGCACCGCUGUAAUGGUGGAGCCAGACACAACUAUGGGCAUUUGCUCAGCUUGUCAGUAUGCUUUCUGCACACUGUGCAAGCUGGGCUAUCACGGUGUGUCCCAUUGUAAAAUAACUGCAGACGAUCUGCGUAACCUAAGAGACGAGUACUUGUCAGCCACCCCUGAGGGGCAGAAGUUUAUGGAGCAACGCUUUGGGAAGAAGGUGAUCCAAAAAGCAGUGGAGGAAUCUUUCAGCAGAGACUGGCUCAAAGAGAACUGCAAAAACUGCCCACGCUGUGGAACCAACAUACAGAAAGUGGAUGGCUGUAACAAGAUGACGUGUACGUCUUGUAAACAGUAUUUCUGCUGGCUGUGCCUUGGUGUCCUCAGCAAAGUCAACCCAUACAGUCACUUUAACAACCCAGCUUCACCCUGUUAUAACCAACUUUUCCAUGGCGUUGACGUGGAUGAUGAUGAAUUUUGGAGCGAUGAAGAGGACUGACAUCAGCAGAGAGCCUCAGAGCUUAUGUUAUAUAAAGCACUUUAUCUUUGAUCGUGUAACAUCCCUUCUGCUGAGCUGGAAUUUAAAUGCCACUAACUCUUCAACACAGUUUUCAGUGUUUUCAACAUCAUCAUGCCAAACAAAACAUCAGCUCUCUAAAGUCCCCCUUAUGUACCUCCUUUAUUUGGGUCUCCUGACUACAGCCACAGGGAUUUUGGUGAAGUCCCUGUUUGGAUAGGCUUUACCUUUUUGUUAUAAACUGAUAUAGGUCAGUUGUGGCUUAUCGAUCAAGCAGGUUUCUCCCUCAAACGUUUAAUAAAAAUGUUGCAAACGUUAGAAAUCAACAAUCGUCAUUUUACCUGCUAUGUAGAUUAAUUCUACAAUUUCCUGUUGGAAAAAGCCCUUUUUAACCUUUCAACGACCAUUAAAAUAGGGAGUAUCCACUAAAAGCUUCAAUUGAAAAAAAUCAAGGUGGCUUAAAUUGUCUGUCUCAGUUUUCUUGGUAAAUUAAAGCAGAAUUGAAAAAAAAAAAUUCCAUAUAUAUGCUAGUUUACAACAUACAAAGUAUGUAUUUGAACUAUGUAAUGGAGCCCAACACUUUCAGAACACUCGGUUUGCUCAGUUUUUCAUUUCAUGUGCUGUUUUCAACUUGACAUGCAGAACUGUUGUUGUUUGAAGCUGCUGUGAGCGAGGAGAAACUCAUUACUUCAGCCUUAAAAUGCGCACGAUUGAAUUUACUCAUCUGUUCACGUCAACGUUCAAUGCAUUUCUCAUGUUAAAAACCGGGGACCUGCAGAGUCCUGAUGAAUGCAUUCAGCCAAAUAAAUGUUCCAGUAAAAA